AUGUGGCCGCUGUGGCUCUGCUGGGCGCUCUGGGUGCUGCCCCUGGUUGGCCCUGCGGCAGCCCUGACUGAGGAGCAGGUCCGGGCCAGCCUGCUGCAGCAGCUGCACCUCAGCCAGGUGUCCGUCCUGGACAAGGCUGACGUGGAGGACCUGGUCAUCCCUGCCCACGUGAGGGCCCAGUACGUGGCCCUGCUGCAUCGCAGCCACGGGGUCCUCUCCCGCGGGAAGAGGUUCAGCCAGAAAUUCCGAGAGGUGGCCGGCAGGCUCCUGGCGUCGGAGGCCUCCACGCACCUGCUGGUGUUCCGCAUGGAGCAGCGGCUGCCCCCCGACAGCGAGCUGGUGCAGGCUGUGCUGCGGCUCUUCCAGGAGCCGGUCCCCAAGGCCGCGCUCCGCAGGCACGAGCGGCUCUUCCAGCGCAGCGCCCGGGCCCGGGUCACGGUCGAGUGGCUGCGCGUGCGCGACGACGGCACCAACCGCACGUCCCUCAUCGACUCCAGGCUGGUGUCCCUCCACGAGAGUGGCUGGAAGGCCUUCGACGUGACCGAGGCGGUGAGCCUCUGGCAGCAGCUGAGCCGGCCCCGGCAGCCGCUGGUGCUGCAGGUGUCGGUGCAGAGGGAGCACCUGGGCCUGCUGGCCUCCGACGCCCACAAGCUGGUGCGCUUCGCCUCCCAGGUGGCGGGGGACGCGGGGCAGCGCGAGCCCCAGCUGGAGCUGCACACCCUGGACCUGAAGGCCUAUGGAGCUCAGGGUGACUGUGACCCUGAGGUGCCAGUGACUGAGGGCACACGCUGCUGCCGCCAGGAGACCUACAUUGACCUGCAGGGGAUGAAAUGGGCUGAGAACUGGGUCCUGGAGCCCCCGGGCUUCCUGGCCUACGAGUGUGUGGGCGCCUGCCAGCAGCCACAGGAGCCCCUGACCUUCCAGUGGCCGUUUCUGGGGCCGCGACAGUGCAUCGCCUCAGAGACGGCCUCCCUGCCCAUGAUUGUCGGUAUCAAGGAGGGAGGCAGGGCCAGGCCCCAGGUGGUGAGCCUCCCCAACCUGCGGGUGCAGAAAUGCAGCUGCGCCUCUGACGGGGCAACCGUGCCUAGGGAGCUGGAGCCAUAG